AUGUCUGGCCUUGAUCCAGAAGGAGAUUGGCUAGGACGGGGAGCUCGGGCCCUCGAGAAUCUGCGUACCGCCACGGGAGAGCAUUCCUUGGAGAAACUCCAUACCCUUCUUUCGGAUCUCGAAUCGAGGGGUGUCAAUUCCGAGUCCUUCUCUCAAUUAAAAGGGAAGAGGAAGGCUAACUGUUUGCUGGCUGGGAGCUGUAUGAGCGGUAACGUCCACGUACGGCUUCGUGAGAAGGGCGGUGGACAAAAAUAGCCUUGUUGUACCUCACUCUCGUCUUCAAUGGGGUCUGCUCUUUCUUUUUUGGGAGAGUAUGCCAAUAUGAUCUUAAUGAGGUGCGGGGCUUUGCAUCUGACAUUCGUUGGCACAGCAAUGAACCGCGGCGAACCCUCAGACGACCUAUCUAAGAUUAGGGGGAUCCUCAGUAGUGGUGACCCUUUCACUCUUCCACGGACUGAUACAUGUACCGAAUGCUCAUACGGGAAAGUUGACUCCUGGGUCUAGAACCUGGGGGGUUGCUUCGAGAAAUCCUUUCUUUCUCGUCCACUCAGGGGGGUGCGGACACACCUGCAUGGAUUACAGGUGACAGUUACAAGAAUGGCAGGGAAGUUAACAGUACCUGACGAUAUUCAGGGAUGGAUAAGUGGCGACCAUUCUCAAGAACCAAAAAGACUAAGGUCGAAGUUUAGACCGCUCACAGUAGUUCUACCUAUAGAAAGGAUCAUGAAAGAGGCGAUCACAAUGGUACUCGAAUCCAUUUACGAUCUCGAGUUUCCAGACAUAUCGCACUUCCGCUCAGGUCGAGGCUUCCACUCCGUCCUAAGACAGAUCAAAGAAGAGUGGGGAACCCCUCGCUGGUUUUUGGAAUUCGACAUCAGGAAGUGUUUUCACACCAUCGACCGACAUCGACUCAUCCCAAUCUUUAAGGAAGAGAUCGAUGAUCCCAAGUUCUUUUACCCCAUUCAGAAAGUCUUUUCCGCCGAACGACUCGUAGGAGGUGAGAAGAGCCCUUACUCCGUCCCACACAGUGUAUUACUAUCGGCCCUACCAGGCAACAUCUACCUACACAAGCUCGAUCAGGAGAUAGGGAGGAUCCGACAGAAGUACGAAAUUCCGAUUGUUCAGAGAAUAAGAUCGGUUCUAUUAAGAACAGGUCGUAUUGAUGACCAAGAAAAGUCUUCCGAAGAAGAAAGCUUCAACGCUCCCCAAGACAACAUCAUUGUAGGGAGGUUAAAGAGCAUACAACGCAAAGCGGCCUUUCAUUUCCUUGUUUCGUCGUGGCAUACACACCCCUCCCCCCCCCCAACAAGCACCCCCAUCAGGGGGGACCAGAAAACGCCUUUCAUUUUCCACCCUUCGUCGGCCCUUUCCGCCUUCCUUAACAAGCCCUCGAGCCUCCUUUGCACCGCCUUUUUCUUAGAAGUUGUUGGGUUUACCCGGAAGUCCGAAUUCUAUGGUAGAGAACACUGUAAUAAUAAUUGGGCCAUGAGAGACUCUUUUAAGUAUUGCAAAAGAAAGGGCCCGCUGAUAGAGCUGGGUGGGGAGGCGAUACUUGUUAUCAGGUCAGAGAGAGGCCUGGCCCGUAAGCUGGCCCCCUUAAAAACCUAUUACUUAAUAAGGAUUUGUUACGCGCGAUAUGCCGACGACUUACUACUGGGAAUCGUGGGUUCCGUCGAGCUUCUCAUAGAAAUACAAAAACGUAUCGCCCACUUCCUACAAUUUGGCUUGAACCUUUGGGUAGACUCUGCAGGAUCAACAACCAUAGCUGCACGGAGUACGGUAGAAUUCCUCGGUAUGGUCAUUCGGGAAGUCCCUCCGAGGGCGACUCCCAUACAAUUCUUGCGAGAGCUGGAGAAGCGUCUACGGGUAAAGCACCGUAUCCAUAUAACUGCUUGCCACCUACGCUCCGCCAUCCAUUCAAAGUUUAGGAACCUAGGUAAUAGUAUCCCGAUCAAAGAGCUGACGAAGGGGAUGAGCGGAACAGGGAGUCUACUGGACGCGGUUCAACUAGCAGAGACUCUUGGAAUAGUUAGAGUAAAAAGUCCCCAAGUGAGCGUCUUAUAGGGGGCCGUCAAGCACAUACGGCAAGGAUCAAGGGCGAUCGCCCUCUGA